AUGCUCGUCUACAGCCGCGACCACGUCAUCUCGAUACUGGAGAGCGGGCUGCUGUUCAAAGAGGAUUGCGUAGAGGUCGAACAGGAGGCACCAUCCGAGCAGGCGGUGUGGGCAGCAGCUGGCGGCGGCGGCUGGGGCUGGAUGACGCGCGGCGAGCGCUGGGGGGGCGCGGCCCUUGUGCUUGCGUGUCUCCUCGCAUGCCCGCCCAGAGACUUCCAGCGCUCGACGCUGCUGCGCGUUGGCGCGUGCGCGCUGCUGCCGGUGGGGAUGCGUGCGCUGCACCGCCGCCGCUGCAGGGGCCGCCUCGGCGGGCUCCUGGCGCUGAUGCUGCGCUACGUGACGCUGGCGAGGCGGGCGGCGGCCGUGUGCAGGGAGUACGCCGCGCUGCACGCCGGCCUGGGCUCGCUGUCCGCCGUGAUAGAGUCCACGCACACUAUGCUGUGCCGUCAGCAGAGCUCCCUCGCUGUGCUGAUGUCCAGGGCCUCGUCCGCCAUCUUGGGCAACGCGCCCUGGCUGAGGGACGACCUGGCCUGGGACCACGUGCCCGCCGAGUCCAGCGAAAACCUGCUGAAAAUCCACCACGCCUUCCUCGUGGUCCAGUCUACGCUGCUGAAGCACGUGGCGAUGGCGCAUUUCCCGCCCCCCGCGCAUUCUAGGGGCCUCUACAGGAACCACAACGAGCGCGUUCACUGGCUCCACUCGGUGCUGCUGCAGCACCUCUCCGAGGAGUUCGCGGAGAGCCUCGCCGCCCUGGAGAGGAUGUACCGCCUCCUGAAGAACUACGGCUCGCGGGGGCCCGAGGCGAGGAGGCCGGGGCCGGCGCUCACCGCGCGCUGGCUGUACUCGGACGUCCACAACGACGUGGCGCGCGCCGGCCUGGAGCUGAAGCUGGCCGCGACCAAGUGCGACAGCAUCGACGUGUUCCUGGACGCGUGCGCGGCCACCGACCAGCCGAUAGACCCGCUCGUGCUUGGCCGCGAUUUGGAGGAGCUGAUCGACGCGCUCGCCAAGUGCUUGGCCACCGCGCAGAGCUCGCGCAUCCGCCUCGGCAAGCUCAGCGGCAGGCUGGCCGAGCCUAAGGAGGCGGCCGUGGAGGCCAAACGCGAGGAGGACCCUCGGCCGCUAGUGCAGAUCGGGGACCGGGAGCCGGAGCCAGAGGACGAGGUGUUCUACUUCGUGCGGACCGACGGCGACGAGGCGCUGAGCCCCGCGGGUGACGUCACGACCGGUCCCGGCCCGAGGGAGAGGGAAGCUACCAAGGUGGUGCUCAACGAGCUGAAGCGGAAACUGGUGAAGAGAGAGGACGCUAUGAGGGAGAGGGAGAGACGAGCGUUAGAGAAGACGAUGCCCCAGCUGGGGACGGUCCCGGAAUUCCCGAGACAGACACAGCCGGAGGAGGUCGAGGAGCGAAGAGGUUUUAUAUCCAAAGUGAGGUCAGCAAGAAAAAGGGACGCUUCGAAGUGUUUAAACCGACGCAACAUGAAACACUCGGCGCGCGGACACAGCGUACAGGUUUUCGGCAGAGGAAGCAGAUUUCGACUGAAGCUCGACUACUACACGAGAAUCGAGGAUAUACCCGGUUGCGUUUGCGAGGCCAACGCGCGUCUUGACAUUGGAACUGUGCUCAUAACUUUAGUUGGAGCCAAAAACUCCUACUGCGUGAUCAAAUGGUGCAGGAAGACCGAGAAGAGCGCGCGGAGAACAGAAUCGAUAAAUCCACCCAACGAAGCGGACCAUAUGCUCAGGGAGCCUGUCCAUAACGGCCCUGAGGCGUUCAGGGUGUCGAAGGAGGAACUGGAACUGUCCUCGUCUGGCAGCGAGGCGGAAUUCGAUCUGGUCGAGCGCAACGAAAUCCUGGAGGACCUGCGGCGGCACAGGGCUCGAAGAGGGGUUGUGGUGAGGCGAGGUGCUGAGCCAAAGGACCUGGAGCCAGACGAGAGCCUUCGCCCUAUGGAGUACAGCCUGGGAACAGGGCUGGCGAUGGCUUCCGUGCUGCAGAUAAAUAGGGCUGCCAACAGGCCGAACAUGGCUGAGGAGGAGUUCGUGGGAGACGGAGAGGUGUCUGAAGACAGCGGGCAUGACGACGAG